AUGUCAACGCCGUACCCCGACCUCAGCCACCUCUCGCCCCGGGAGGCGGAGGGGCGCGCGGUCCGCCUGCUGCUCUUCGCCCUGUGCGUAACCAUCGCUGCCGCCACCUUCAUCGGCGGCGUGUACUCGCUCCUCACCCUGCUGCGGAUGCGGAGGAAGACGUGGCUGAGUGUGAUCGUGGCGUCCAUGUCCGUGGACGACCUGCUGAGCGUGGUGCCGCUCUCUCUCUUCAUGCUCCUGCAGUGGGACCGCCAUGGAGGCUCGGCCAGCCUCUGCACUCUCGCCGGGCUCCUGUACGUCUUCCAGGGGGUGUCCAGCAACAUGAAGGCGUGUCUGAUCGCCGGCUACACUUUUUACGUGACCAAAAGGUUUGGGGUGUUGCUCUCGGUCCGCCGCCCCCUCCGGGUGAUGUGGGCCAUCGCCGGCGUGUGGGCGCUCAGCCUGGCCGUCAGCGCGCUGCCUCUGUGCGGAUGGGGCAGCUUUGUGCAGGCUCCUCUGGGCUGCUUCCCGGAGAGUGAGGGUUUUUACAUCCUGCUGCUCUUCCUCGUCUACUCGCUGUGUUUCUGCGGCUUGCUCGUCUUCUUCCUGCCGCUGACUUACCAGCUCUUGUGCGCCAGAGAGCCCCAGAGGAGCGUGCAGUGCGCGGGCUACCCGGGGGACGCCGGCGCGCUCUCCCGGGACAGCCUGGACAAAAGUUUCGGUGCCUACAACGAACUGAGCCCGAGUUCGUGCGGGACGACCUGCGAGCUCCGGGACGAGACGGAAGGAGUUACCCGGCGGCAACGGUCCAUCCCAGCGGUUGUGGGGGACACGCCUGUAGUGUUUGCGCAAAAGCGCUUCUCCAUGGUCCUGGCGGUGGUCAGGGUUACUUUGUGGAUGCCAAUGAUGACUCUGGUGCUGGUGCGCAAUGCAGCCAACGCUCGCAGCUCGUCCCUGGAGACCCUCAGCUUCCUUCUCACCUUGCUGGCCCCCGCGGUCACGCCGCUCUUUGUGCUGUCUAAGCGCUGGAUCCACAUGCCGUGCGGCUGCUUCAUUGACUGCAAACGUAAGCCGAUGCCAGACCCCCCGGGAUUAAAACGAAGAUUUGAAUUCAACCUUUCCCUGCACAAAGGUUGCAGAGUGUUUAAGCUGUCGCAUGUCCCGGUCUCUCCCAGCACCACACUGGUCGAGAAGCCAUCUUACCACAGCCUCUUCAACAGCGACUUCCCCAACACCCGCCUGGAUGCACUGGAGAGCGGCGGGCUCUGCGGCUUGGGGCCAAACUUUAGUUUCAGCAGCACACUGCCCAUGGUCUGCUCCUCCCAUGCAGACCUCCUGUUGGAGGCUGUUCCCCGUGGCGUGGGAGAGGCGCUGGCCGAUUGUCCACGGCGAAGCGAGGAAGGUUUCCACGACCUCCACUCUCCGUCUUUUAAUCACCGGGAACAAGACCACCACCUCACAGACACCUCGUCGGUAUUCGAGGGCUCGGAGAGGAGGCUGUCGCAUGAAAAGUCCCAGAAAUACGAGCUGACAGAUUGGGAAUGGUGCAGGAGUAAAUCGGAGAGAACACCCAGACAGAGGUCAUCAGCUGGUCUGUCCAUCCCACUGUGCGCCUUCCAGGGAACAGUAUCUCUGCAAGCCCCCACAGGGAAGACCCUCUCUCUGUCCACCUAUGAGGUCAGCAGCGAUGGACUUAAAAUCUCUCCCAACAAUGCCAAGAAGGUGGAAGUAUACCGCUCCAAAUCAGUAGGCCAUGAGCCCAGUGCAGAUGACAAAGCAGGUCAGGACAUGGGCCUGGACUUCGGAGUGGGCAUCGGCGCCAAUGUGGGAGACACCAAUGUGAAAAUACACCUGGAGGUCCUGGAGAUCUGCGACAACAAGGAGGCCAUGGACAGCGUCUACAUUGUCUCCAACAUCAGCCAGUCCUCGACCCACACCCGCUCGCCCUCGCUGCGUUAUUCACGAAAAGAAAACCGCUUCGUCUCCUGCGACCUGGGCGAGACGGCGUCCUACUCGCUGCUCAUUCCCACCACCGGCAACCCCGAGGUGGAGGCCAUCAACAUCACCAUCCCUGACACGGUGGAGGCUCAUCGGCAGAACAGUCAUAGACAGAUGCAGGGAAGCUCAGGUUAUCGUGAGGAAAUACAGCUGCUCAAUGAGGCCUACAGGAAACAAGCUGGAGACCAGGAAUGAUGGGUGACAAGUACUUUUACAGGUGAUAAGUACUUUUACACAAAGAGUUAAGCAGAAAGGGACACACACAGUUUUCAUGGCCACGUCCUAAAAAUCAUCCUAUUUGAGAGUAAGACCCGAGCAAACACCACUCAUAUUUCUGCAACCAUUUCUUUUACUGUACGUCUUUUUAUUUAAGUUUGAACGUGAAGUUGGAUUUACUCACGACUAGUCCGUGUACAGCUGGUAGUAAUGUUGUGUCGUUGGCGAACGAUUCGUUUGAACGAACAAAUCUUUUGAGUGAACGUACUGAACCGAACCACUUCAUGAACUGAUUCGUUCCUUUCUCAGUUCAGUUGAGCUCCGCCGCGACCAUGCCGGUAUGAGUGGAACUGGCGCAUUCUGUGACUCACUGAACCCUCGACGUCGGCAAACGACGCAGCCCGCUACUCAUCAUGGGGGCGGGGGGAGGGACUGAGCGAACUAUUCGUUCACCGCGGAUCAACGACAUGAAUCACUCAGUGAACGACAACGCUCUCGCUCUCUGCUCUGCUUGCCCCAAUGCCGCGAGUGAUUCUCCUCCCGUCGCGGUGAUAUGUUUCAUGCCAUUGGCAUCCGUUCUCCAUUCAUUCUCCAAGCUAACGGCUAAUGUUGACUCAAGCCACAUGAAAACAAACGCACACGCGCCCCGUCCCUAUUAUCUCAACACAUAAAGUUAUGAGAGUAGAGGAGACAGAAAGAAACUCAGUGCAGGCAGGGCAAGGCUGAGCAGCAGUGACACGAGGGGGAGGGGCCGGGGGUAAAGUGUAGGGCAGGCUGUUUUGAGAAGAUUUAAAAUAAAAAUAAUAACUAAUGUAUGUACAUAUACAUAGGCUAUUAUUUAUCUUGAUUUUUAUAUUAUUUAAGCUAUUUAUUUUCUUUUUUAUUGCAUAUUUAAGUUGAUAUUUCCAUUUUUAUAUUUUUAAAUGUAAGCUACAGAAAUUUUAGUUUUAAUGUUGGCAUUUCUGGCACUUGGUUUAAUAUUUGUUUUGUUUUAUUUAGGGUAGCCUAUUUAUUUUCUUUUUGUUUGCACAUUUAAGUUGAUAUUUUCUUUGUUAUAUUUUUAAACGUAGGCUACAGAACAUUUAGUUUUUAUGUUGGCAUUUCUGGCUCUUAAUUUAUUUGUUUUAUUUUGAAGGUAUUUAUUUUCUUUUUGUUUGCAUAUUUAAGUUUACAUUUUCUUUGCUACAGAACAUUUGGUUUUUAUGUUGGCAUUUGUUAAGGGUUUCUUAAUUUAAUAUUUGUUUUUGCACUAAACAAACGAGGCCUAUUUAUUUAACUGUUGAUUGCAAGCAUUUUAGUAGGCUAUUACUAUUUUUUUUAUUUCCCACUUUUAUUUAUUUCUUAUUUUCAUUUCAGUGCAAUAAAACAUAUUUAACAACCAAGACAUUUAGUCACACUUUGUUUAUUGGACAGGCCGGAAACGCACAGACAGUGUUUUUAAAAGUAACAGAAUCUCUACUACAGCUGCAAUGUCUGUUUGCGAACGUCAAGGGGAGUCUGUCAGGGCAGAGAGCGAUUCACGUCUGUAGCCCUCUGACCCACAGAACUGUAGCUGAGUGAUUCAGGUUCGCUUCACGAACCUACAAGAACUGACUGGUUGUCGCUGAGGACGUGAUUCAGGUUCGCGCUGCACUCAGUCACUCAUUCAGAUUCAGGACUCGCGAACCUACUGACACAGAGAACUGACUGUGUCGCGGAGGAGGACGUCACAUUGAGGCUCUCGUUCAGUCACUGUGCGCGUCGUUCAGUGGGUGCUGAGGGCUUGUGUCGUUCGCGAACUGACACACACCGAGAUCUGCCGCUGGGGAAGCUGUUACGGACUGACUCAUGAUUCGCCGACCUGCACACAGAACUGCUGCUGCAGAAGUGAUUCAGGUUCAUGUACUGAACUGUGCUGACUCUGGCUCUGUGUCAGUCACUCACUGCGUGGUGUACUGCAUGCACAGAGCUGUGUAGGGACUCGCGUUCACCCUAUUUGCUGCUUCUCCCGCGAAUGUCUGCACUGUACUGUACUACGCAAGACCCCCCCCCUCCUAUUUUUUUUUUUUGGAGGGUAGGGGGAUUCGGUGAACGAAUUUUUUGAACGACUCAAUUUAAGGAACUGAUUCUAGUGAUUCAGUACAGUCAAAAGAACUGCCGAUCCCAUCACUAGCUGGUAGGAUGGAUUUACUGUCCACUGAAAAUGUGUGAACAUGCCUUUAUUGUCUAAUAGCUGGCAACACGUUAACAUGCUUAUUCAAUGUUAGGUUGUGACGUUGAUUUGACAUUGAAAUGUGGUCAUUUCUCAACCAAUAUUCAACAACACAAACACAACAUUGAAUCAACAUGCUUUUUGAUGACGUUUAUUAAAUUUUGGGUUUUGACGUUGAUUUGACAUUGAAAUUUGGUCAUUUUCCAACCAAUAUUCUACAACACAAAUACAACGUUAAAACAACAUCCUUUUUGACGACGUUUAUUCAAUGUCGGGUUCUGACGUUGAUUUGAUAUUGAAAUUUGGUCAUUUCUCAACCAAUAUUCUACAACACAAAUGCAACGUUGAAACAACAUGCUUUUUGUUGACUUUUAAUCAAUGUCAGGUUGUGACGUUGAUUUGAUAUUGAAAUGUGGUCAUUUUCCAACCAAUAUUUUACAACACAGAUACAACGUUGAAACAACAUGGUUUUUGACGACGUUUAUUCAAUGUCGAGUUCUGACGUUGAUUUGAUAUUGAAAUUUGGUCAUUUCUCAACGAAUAUUGUACAACACAAAUGCAACGUUGAAACAACAUGCUUUUUGUUGGCGUUUAAUCAAUGUCAGGUUGUGACGUUGAUUUGAUAUUGAAAUUUGGUCAUUUUCCAACCACUAUUCUACAACACAAAUACAACCUUGAAACAACAUGCUAUUUGACGACCUUUAUUCAAUGUCGGGUUCUGACGUUGAUUUGAUAUUGAAAUUUGGUCAUUUUCCAAACAAUAUUCUACAACACAAAUACAAUGUUGAAACAACAUGCUUUUUGAUGACGUUUAUUCAAUCUCAGGUUUUUUUUUUACUUUGAUUCGACAUUGACGUUUGGUCAUUUUGUAACCAA